UGCAGCGAACAGACCGGUGUUUUGUUUGCGUUACGCGUAACAUUAAAUUUUCCGUAUAAAGAUGAUUGUAUUACUGCUAAUCGCUGUCGUGACCUUGGUGUUUCUGUUCAUCAAACAACGGUUCAACUAUUGGAAAGUGCGAGGAGUGCCGUACGUAAAUCCCACCUUCCCCCUCGGGAACCUGGGGGGAACAGGUAAAACACAACAUUUCUCCGUAGCCAUAGAAAAGCUGUACUGCAAACUGAAGGGAAAUGCUCUGUUCGGAGGAAUCUACUUCUUCAUCAACCCCGUGGUUCUCGCUCUGGACCUCGACUUUAUCAAAACCAUUCUGGUGAAGGACUUCAACUCCUUUCACGACCGUUCGGUUUACGUCAACGAAAAGGAUGAUCCAUUGAGUGCCCAUCUCUUCAGCAUGGAAGGCAUCAAGUGGAAGAAUAUGCGCGUCAAGCUAACGCCCACGUUUACGUUGGGUAAGAUGAAAAUGAUGCUUCCGAUUGUUCGGGACUGUGCCGAUGAAUUGGAGCGAUGUAUCGUGAAGGAGACUGCUGGUGGUGGUGAGAUUGAGUUGAAAGAUAUUCUCGCACGCUUCACGACGGAUGUGAUUGGAAAUUGUGCUUUUGGACUGGAGUGUAACAGUUUGCGUGAUCCCAAUGCCGAGUUUCGCAAAUAUGGCAGGGAAAUAUUCAACUUUGGGAAAAUUGGAUUCGUGAAGCUUCUUUUGACUCAGCAGUUUAAAUCGCUGGCACUUGCAUUAAGAACCGUGACGCUGAAUCCGAAAGUUUCGGAGUUCUUUUUGAAAGUUGUCUCAGAUAAUAUUGAGUACAGAGAGAAGAAUAAAAUCGAACGGAAUGAUUUCAUGGAUUUGAUGAUAAAGCUGAAAAAUGGACAAGCUUUGGAACAGGGCAGCACGGAUCAACAGUUGGGCACGCUAUCCGUUAAAGAAGUUGCUGCUCAGGCGUUCGUUUUCUUCUUUGCUGGGUUUGAAACCUCCUCGACACUGAUGUCGUUCUGUUUGUAUGAACUUGCCCUGAAUCAAAAUCUCCAGGACAAAGCAAGGAAGGACGUCCUCGAUAGUAUUAGCAAGCAUGGAUCACUUUCAUAUGAAGCAGUUCAUGAGAUGAAAUACUUGGAAAAGUGCAUUAAUGAAAGCCUUCGGAAAUACCCACCUGUACCGAACAUUCUUCGUACCGCAACUCAGGACUAUAAUGUUUCCGGAUCGUCGCUGACCAUUGGAAAGGGUACGUCGGUUAUGAUUUCCCCAUUCGCCAUCCACCACGAUCCGGAAUUUUAUCCGGACCCUAUGAAGUUCGACCCAGAUCGAUUCAACCCGGACCAGGUGGCAGCCCGUCAUCCGAUGGCAUUCCUUCCGUUUGGAGAGGGUCCUCGUGUCUGCAUUGGGAUGCGCUUCGGACUGAUGCAGACUCGCAUUGGAUUGGCGACUUUGCUGAAGAAUUUCCGCUUUACGUUGGGUGCACGAAUGGAGACUACCCCGAUAUUUGACCCUGCCAGUGCGGUUUUGACGCUCCAGGGUGGACUGUGGGUGAAGGCGGAGAAGAUGGAUAUUGUCUAUUUUAAAAUGAUUCUUCUACUGCUAAUCGCUGCCGUGACCUUGGUGGUGCUGUUCAUCAAGCAACGCUUCAACUACUGGAAAGUGCGAGGAGUGCCGUACGCGAAUCCCACCUUCCCCCUCGGGAACCUGUGGGGAACUGGUACGAAACAACACCUGUCGGAAGUCUUGGAAGACCUGUACUUCAAACUGAAGGGAAAUGCACUGUUCGGAGGAAUCUACUUCUUCAUCAACCCCGUGGUUCUGGCACUGGAUCUUGACUUCAUCAAAACCAUUCUGGUGAAGGACUUUAACUCCUUUCACGAUCGGUCCAUUUACUUCAACGAAAAGGAUGAUCCGCUUACAGCUCACCUCUUCACCAUGGAAGGCAUCAAGUGGAAAAACAUGCGCGUCAAACUAACGCCCACGUUUACGUCGGGUAAGAUGAAAAUGAUGCUUCCGAUUGUUCGGGACUGUGCCGAUGAAUUGGAGCGAUGUAUCGUGAAGGAGACUGCUGGUGGUGGUGAGAUUGAGUUGAAAGAUAUUCUCGCACGCUUCACGACGGAUGUAAUUGGGAAUUGUGCGUUUGGACUGGAGUGUAACAGUUUGCGUGAUCCCAAUGCCGAGUUUCGCACCAUGGGAAGAGAUGUAUUUGACUUGCGUGGUCUUGGAUUCGUGAAGCUUCUUUUGACUCAGCAGUUUAGGACGCUAUCACGUGCGCUUGGAGCCGUGACACUAACUCCAAGUGUUUCGAAGUUCUUUUUGAAAACCGUCUCGGACAACAUUGAGUACAGAGAGAAGAACAAAAUCGAACGGAAUGAUUUCAUGGACUUGAUGAUAAAGCUGAAAAACGGACAAGCUUUGGAACAGGGCAGCACGGAUCAGCAGUUGGAUACGCUAUCCGUUAAGGAAGUGGCUGCUCAGGCGUUCGUUUUCUUCUUUGCUGGGUUUGAAACCUCCUCGACACUGAUGUCGUUCUGUUUGUAUGAACUUGCCCUGAAUCAAAAUCUCCAGGACAAAGCCAGGAAGGAUGUCCUCGACACUAUUAGCAAGCAUGGAUCACUUUCCUAUGAAGCAAUUCAUGAGAUGAAAUACUUGGAAAACUGCAUUUACGAGGGCCUUCGGAAAUACCCACCUGCAUCGAACAUUUUCCGUACGGCAACUCAGGACUAUAAUGUGCCCGGGACGUCGCUGACCAUUGAGAAGGGUACGUCGGUCAUGAUUCCCACACUCGCCAUCCACCACGAUCCGGAAUUUUAUCCGGACCCUAUGAAGUUCGACCCGGAUCGAUUCAACCCGGACCAGGUGGCAGCACGCCAUCCGUUUGCGUUCCUCGCGUUCGGAGAGGGUCCUCGUGUCUGCAUUGGGAUGCGCUUCGGGCUGAUGCAGACUCGGAUUGGAUUGGCGACUUUGCUGAAGAAUUUUCACUUUAAGUUGGGUACGCAGAUUACGGGUCCUCCGAAACUUGAGCCCUCCAGUGCAAUUUUGAUGAUCAAGGGUGGACUGUGGAUGAAGGUGGAGAAGAUUGGUGCUUAGAUUGGUGGAUUAAUUACGAUGAA